UUCUACCAUGUAAUAAGUCACUGUUAGCAUAGUUGUUGACAUAUCUCGCACCGCACCAACUCCACAUUGCGGAGACAAUCGAUGAAGGUACUGUAUGCAUGUGUAUAGGUGUAUCAUAUAGUUGAGGUAAAUGGGGUCGCCAGUCUGUAUAAUAUCGAUAUGAAUACCAAGAACUGAAUAGUGAUUUUUAUCGGUCGUGAUAACAGUUAACCGGCUCAAGGUGAGUGUUCAGUGUUUAAUCACGUUCCUGUUUUGAAUCAGUUUAACAAAAACUCAGAAUCCUUGCGGCUGUAACUGCUAGUAUUCGAUGGCGUCUCUUGAUUUCGUCGUUUAGGGAUCGAACAUGGUCAAACAGUUUUCUUUCUGAUGCCGUGUUUAUUCAAUGCUGGAAGACAAACCGUGGCCUUGGGUCAAUGAUUACGCUAACAACUGACGCUCUACAAUAACGAAGACCUGAAUAAAUUCAUUAAAUCAACAGUAGUAAAGCAGAUUAGCCACCGCUGUAUGAUUCAAACCAACCCCUAUAUUUCCAAUAAUCUUUGCGAACAAAAAAGCUUACGUUGCACUUUUAAACGGGAAACUAGGAAAAGGAAGGCUAUAAUACAUAACAACAUUCAUGGCGUUUUUUCGCUUACUACUCAUUUCUACCAAUCAAACUUAUUUGACGUUCGAUGCAAAAUUUUUUAAAAACCACGGAGCGUUUUUAAAGCAUCCGUGAAGUUACAAAUAUAUGCGAAUACGUGACGUAUAUUCAGUGGAAAAUGUUCACUUUAAUUUACGCUUGUGUAAGCAUAAUCUUAUGCAAAAGACAACUUUAUUACAACAGUCUCCAACCUACAUUACCAUACGUUGUCAAUGUUGCCUACGAUCGAUAACACACCUGGCCGGCAAAACCCUGGUUCUAAAGGUCCGUUAUCGAAAAUACCUAGGAUGAAAUAUACCGUUCUCACGGCUUAGGAAAGGGUGUAAAGUAAUUUACAUACCACAGAUGACAAAAAACACAUCUGGCCGGCUCCAAAAAUAAUCCGGCAAAGAGUUUUAUUGAGGUAUUUCAGCAUUGAAAUCACUGCCGGACGGAAAGUGACAACAUCGAUCAAGAAAUCUAUAGACCCACCUCUAUAUAGGAGCCUUGAGGAGGUAAAAGUGGAAGUUGGAAUCAAAAUUGAUGCAAAAAUACAAUGGAAUCUGAAAAAGAAGAAGGGAGAAGUAAGAUGUGUACCAUCCCCACCCCCACCCCCACCCCAACCCUCACCCCCAAGUGUCACGCUUGGAAUCCUUUUUGUUUACAGUUAUUGAAUUUGUGAGUCCAGCUAUAAAAAUUGAAUAAAUUUAUUUCUGUCUUUAUCGUCCAAAGGCGAACAAUAGGUAGGUGCAUCAGAUGAAAGAUUAUGAAAAGAAGACGACUGCCUAGUGGUACGGAAAACUGUGGCCCACCCGAGAUCGAUUAUACUAAGCUGCCUGCCGCGUGUCUGCUGAAAACAAGGGAUCUGCCAGGACCAAAAGACGCGAAGCUUUGGAAUGAAGUACUACUGACUGUACUUCCAGUUGAUGUUUUGCUACUGACGGUGGAGGAUUGGGAAUUCUUGAGUUGCGUUUCUCAUCUAAAUCCGGGAUACUUUCGGAGUAGUCAUGGCAACCUUGGAACGGUAUACUUUGGGCAGAUGGGUACGGGCCCAACCUUCUUGAAAAUCGCUGUGAUGAAAUGUCAUUCAGGCCCUCUGACUCCGGGAGGUGCCUUAAUAACUGUGAAAAAUGGUGUUGAAGUGUUAAGACCCAAAGCAGUAUUUUGUGUGGGAUUCUGCGGUGGAUUGGGGCAAGAAGUCAGCUUAGGAGAUGUGGCAAUUUCAGCAAAGCUAAGAACAUACGCUUCUGUGAAAGUAACGGACAGUGGAAUUCAAGAGCGUGGCCUUGCUGUUCCGUUGGAGGCGAAUCUUUUGAAACUCAUCAACCAUGCUGAUGGUGGCUGGAAGGCGCCACUAAGAGCUUGCGGGGAGGUGAAAGUGUGGAAAGAUGGCGUGUAUUUGAGCGGUCCCGAGAAGGUGGAAAGUGAAGAAAGACGCGAGGAACUCGUGAACCGAUUCCCGGAUGCGAUUGCUAUAGAAAUGGAAGGGCAAGGUGAGAGUCUGGCAAAAGUUCAGCAGCGGGACUGUUCAGUUUUCCUAGAAAACUCUCCUUCGGGAAACUCAGAAGAGUUAACCCCUAGUACCCCUCUGAAUUAUGUGUGGAUUCCUGAUCCACCCGGUUCAGACUGUCCCCGGUUCAUUACUCCUGAUAAUGUUCCAAGGCAAUAAAUGGACCGAGUAAUUGGCCUUCCUUUGAGGUUAGGGGAGAGGGAAUUUUAAAGUACGGGGAGGGGAGGGAAAAUAGAAGGUGAACUGUUGUGAACUGUCUCCUUACUUAGCUCACUUCCCUUUCCCCUCCCCCAUAAACGCCUGAUACCCAAACUAGGGCAAAAUAGGCAAUUUUGAGUCCUGAAAUAGGAACCCACUGCUCCCUUGGCAAACAGUUCUUCAACUUUGAUCUGGAAUGACAUUUCCUGCUGUACAGAAUAUGCAAAGAGACAAAGAGGUGGUUUUUUGAUUGCCUCAAACCAAUAUUCAAAUUUAGGCUAAAGGGUAGUGCGACAUACCCACAAGUCUACACUAGAACAAACUUAGACCAAAAAAGCUAGAAGAAGAAACUUUUAAGAACUCUGAGAAAAUAACAGCUGUUACGUAUACCCGGGUACUUAUGAACCGGGUUUAGUUUUUUUUAACCGGUCUUAUCUACAAUGUCUAUUGCAGGCCUGUUCUUAGCCGCACACGACUUGAAGGUCGAAUGGAUUGUUAUCAAAGGAGUCUCUAACUUUGCUGAUGGCAGGGAACCUGAGUCUUGGAGACAAUUUGCGAGCGUUAUGGCAGCUUCAUUGACUGCACACAUUCUAAGUAAUCCAAUUGUUUUUGAAAACUGGCCUCAUUAUAACGGUAAGUAUGCUGCAGCCUAG